AUGAUUACAAAAUUCAUUACUUUUAAAUUGGAUUUGUCAGAAUUCCAUUCCAUCAAAUAAAUUGUAUAGUUGACUAAUGGAUAUACUAUUUUAGGAGAAUAAUUAGUAGAAUAAAAAUUAAGUAUGAAAAGUUACAUAUAUUAGAAUCUAUGACAAUUGCAUUAAAUAAUUAAUUGUUGUUACAUUUUGAAAUAUAAAAUGGAUAAUGCAAAUUUGAAUAGCCAUAUCAAAUUGGAUAAGGACUCUUUAUUUUAUCCAAUAUAGUUGCCAAUGACAACUUUUUAAUUGCAUUAAUUUCAAGGUAGGGAAAUAGAAGCUUAAUUUAAAUCAAUCCAAAAGAAAAAACUAAUAUGUUUCUAAUUCCUAACCUUCCAUAUUAACAGUAUCAUAUUAGUAAUUAGAUAUUAAUUAGAUUGUGAAUCUAAAUUUUAACUGAUUUCAUUUAAUGACAGCAUUAUAUUAAUAGAAAUACACCAAUCAGAACAUUUAUUAAUGUUAGAAAUUCUUAGUCAUCCUAAAGCUUAAAAAACUUAAAUGAAAUGUAAAAUAGGAUAAAAUAUAUAAAUUUAAAAAAUACAUAAUACUAAUUAAAUACUUAUAGUUUUGGAUGAGGAUCUUCAUAUUUUUGAUAUAUCUAAUGAUAUUAUUAAAAUGAAUAAAUAAAUGCCUACAUAAUUUAAGAUUAAAUUUGCAUUAGAAAUUUAAGAUAAAUAAAUUCUAAUUUUGAAAGAUAGAGUUGAUAAAUUUUAUAAAUUUUGUGAUUUUCGUUGUGAUUCAGAUUAUUUUUUUACUUUAAAAUGUAAAGAACUACUUAAUGGAUAAGUUAGUAUUGAAACUGAAAAGAAAUAAUCUAUAAAUUUAGCUAAAUUUAAAGGUGAAUUUUAUAUCUGGAUAAGUACAAUUUAUAAUUGUAAUGGUGAAGAUUUUAAGAUUCUUUAUAUUAAUGCUUUUAAGUUGAACAAUUAAUUACAAGCAUAAUUUAUUGAAAACUAUAAAUUUUGGAAGAGUUAAACAAUAGAAUUUAUUUUUAAAGAUGAAUUCGUACAUGAAUAUAUAUUCUUUAGAGAUUAAUAAACAAUAAAAGGCUUAUAUAUAAGUUGA